AUGACACGUUUGCUGGAGAAUCUCCAUAAGGGAGCUAGCCAGGACCGCCGCCCUGCGCAUGCUCUUCUCAUCGCCUAUGCCAUCCCGGAGCCACGCGCCAUUGAGCUACCUCGUGAACGCGAUCGGGGACGUAACCGCAAUAGAAACAACGACCGAAAUGGUCGUGAUAGCAAUGGUGGUGACAGCGCCGUGGCGGUGACAACAAAUUUCGUGGAGAUCGUAACCGUGACCGUGACCUUGAUGACCGCGAAUGCGAUAGCCGCGACCGUGGCUACGACAAUGACCGUAAUGACCGCCGUGACGGCGACUUUCGUGGCGACCGUAACAACUCUCACUCACGCUAUGGCCGCUCUGAUGACUGUGACUCCAGCUUCAUACGUAAUGACUCUGGCCUGGACUCUCGCUCCCAGUCUACGACCCCGGCACCCCAUGAUAACCGUGGCCGUUCACAAUCCCGCGAUGCACGUAAUGCACUUCUCGUAUCCCUCCCGCCAACCCGGUUACUCUGCGUAA